CUUCUUCCAAGUCCCAGCGAGUUAGAGUGCAGCCGUGUCCCGACUCCAGCAGCCUCUUCAGCUCGCCAUGGAUCCAACUGCUCCCGCACCGCUGGUGACUCCUGCGCCUGCGCCGACUCCCGCAAGUGCAAAGAGUGCAGAUGCCCCUCCUGCAAGAAAAGUUGCUGUUUCUGCUGCCCUGUGGGCUGUGCCAAGUGUGCCCAGGGCUGCAUCUGCAAAGGGGCGUCAGAUAAGUGCAGCUGCUGUGCCUGAUGCGGGGACACCGCUGUUCCCAGAUGUAAAUAACGCGACAUCUACAAACCUGGAUUUUUUUAAAUAUACGACACUGACCUUCCUUUUUCUAUGAAAUAAUGUGAGUGAUAAUUAAACAGCUUUGACUU